UUAUCUGUUACUAUUGCUUUAAAGUAUUGUUCCAGGUGUAUGCCCAGACGCAGAGUGUUCUUGUUGAAGUUUUUGGCGUAUUUGUGAUUAUAGUAUGCCAAAAGAUCAUUGUGUUGUGGUGAACCUUGCUGGUGCACUAGAUCAAAAGUGGAUAAAGAGUUUCUCCACUUAGAAGAGCACGACUGGUUUUUGUGGGAGUAUCACAAAUCAUUUAUUUAAUCUGCCAUCAUCGAUUGCACGAUAAUCGACUGAUGUUUACGUAGUUAAAAGUCCAUGUUUUCCAUAAACGGAGAAUCUGACAUGAUGAUUAGCUAUUGUGGGAAAGUGAAUGAAGGCAUAUAGAUGCAAAAAUAGCUCUACAGGAAGAAGUUUUUCAUUCAUUAAUUGUGACGAAAAUGUGUUGGAGAUACAAGCUUGGGUUGCUUCUCAUUCUCAGUGUCGUAGUCACGUGGGUUUCCUCUGCUGAAGUUACCCAGAGUAUAUUUGCAGAUUAUGAGCAACCGUUUGCAGUAUCAUAUGUUACAACAUCACUUUUGAUAGUCUAUCUUCCUAUAGCAUUCCUUAAGGACUGGUUAAUGAGUUUUUUCUAUUGCUGCAAUUCUAAAUGCGGCGAUAAUCUCAAUGUGGUUUACCAGUCCUCCGUAGAGUUGCAGAAAGUUGAAGUGAAUUUUGCUUCUGAAAUAGAACAUCAAGGGCAGUUAAGUUGUAAAAACUGUACCAUAGACAUGUAUAGUAAGGAUGAGGGAACACCGUUGGUGGCUGUACAUAUAGAUAAAGAAAACACACUGAAAAGAGACCGAAAGUUCACUGCAAAGGAAGUUGCUGCUUUUGGCUUUUGCAUUGCUCCUAUCUGGUUUUUAACAGAGUAUUUAACAAAUGCUGCACUUGCUCGAACAAGCGUUGCAAGUACCACAUUGCUAUCCUCCACUUCAGGGUUGUUCACUCUUUUGAUUGGUGCAUUGCUGGGUGAAGACACAAUAAAUAUAGUCAAAGUUGUCUCUGUCGUUGUUAGCAUGGCUGGUGUUGCGAUGACAACGUUUGGGAAGACUUCAGCUGCAGAUGAAUUACAGAAAAAUGGAAAUGGAAUUGAAAAUAAUGCACUUCUGGGGAAUGUAUUUUCAGUUCUCUCAUCAAUGACUUAUGGCCUAUUCACUGUGCUUCUCAAAAAGUUUGCUGGAGGAGGACAAAAUUUAGAUAUGCAAAAGUUAUUUGGCUGUAUAGGACUUUUCACCUUUGUUGCUCUUUGGUGGCUAGUGUGGCCUUUGACUGCCAUGGGCGUUGAACCCAGAUUCGUGUUCCCUCACUCUGCUAAUGUGGAAAAAGUUAUACUUGUCAAUGCUUUUGUUGGAAGUUUUUUGUCCGAUUAUUUCUGGGCUUUGGCUGUUGUUUGGACUUCUCCUCUGGUAGCUGCUCUUGGUGUUUCCCUUACUAUACCUGUUGCAAUGUUGGAGGAUAUGAUCAUCCAUGGCCGGCAGUAUUCGGCAAUUUACAUCAUUGGGUCAGCUCAGGUAUUCUUGGGAUUUGUAGUAGCAAAUAUUUCAGAUUGGUUCUCUCAAAAUUUGGCGUCCAAGCUCUCAAGAACAACUUCUCAACUGCAAUCAAUUUCUUUCUGGCCUAUGUGAUAUAUGUUUUGUACAUUUCUUUCAAAAGUGAAUUUUCUCUGAUUAUGUUGCAGAAACGCUUGAGAAUGCAAUGUAUAUUGUCCCAUAAUUCUAAUUUCUAGAAAGGAAUGGCCAUGGAUUCAUAAUCUUUUCCGCCUGCUUUGGUUGACAGAAUAUUGCCCAUGCAGUGGUGUUCUUAUGUUAAUCGGUCAAAAGCUUUGGCGAAGACAUUAUUAUUCCCUGUUAGAUCAUAAGUUGAAUUAUUUGCAAUGAAAUUUGAUAUUUUAACU